GAGGGUUGAUCUGUUCUUGAAUCGUACGCUUUCUCCUAACCGCACCGCCCUUCCUCCUCAUCCAUGGCUGCCUCAACCUCAACCACAACCACUCCCUCAUCCUCCGAUCUAUCAUCUUCCUCCGAUCGAGACCGUCGUUCCCGCCGCCGUAAGGAUAAGAACAUUGACAAACACAAAAAGGACUCUCUUAAGAUCAGCAAGAAAAGCCGCCCUCAUACCAAACGUCGUCGUAGACGUAGUCACUCUUUGUCUUCUUCUUCUUCUUCAUCUGAGGAAUACAGUUCGUCUGGCAGUGAGCAGGGACCAUCCAGUCGUUCAAGGAAACAUAAACAUGAGCAUAGACAUAAAAAGCCGAAGGAUAAAGAAAAGGGGAAGGCUAGGCAUCAUCACAAACGUGAUAAGCGUAAAGUUAAGGAGAACCAGCAGGAUGGUAGCAGCAGCCCUGUUCGACUCUCUAAGUUUCUGGGUCGUGACAAAGAUGAUGGUGUCCGUCGCAGUGCAGUGUCUGGCAAAAAGAUCUUGUUAAAACUGGACAAGACAAAGGAGGAUAAGAAGGCAGAAAAUAAUCGGAACCAGCUGCUGAGAUUCUUGAACGCUAGUUAUGACUGAUGCUGCGGUCAACGUGAUCUACUUUAUCUAUGAACGAUUUUGAUACAUCGUUCUUCCUGUUUUGGGGUGGGCGAAACUAUAUCUUUGUCGUUGGCUACAAAUUCUUCGUUCUUUUGCAGAUUUUUAAAUUUCCCACCAGUCCGAAAUGGGUUUUUUUCGGUGUUAAUCAGAAGUUUUAAACAUGUUAGAAGUUUGAUUUGGUGGUUGUGUAUUUUCAUUUGAUCUGGUUUAACUACUUUCAUGAUAAAUGACCUCCCAUGUGUUUGUUAGAAGCUUGUUUUUGGUAUCUGUGACCUCAAAGUCCUGUGUCAAUCUAUUUUCAUGUAUGCUUGAAGAC